CCCACACUUCAGUAUGACUAAGGGUCCGAUUCAACAGAACAACACAGAAAGCAAAUGAUAGUACGAGCGCGCGUGCAAGAAGCCCAAUCUCCCAUAACCGUAAAGCCGCGAGGCUGGCCCCCACCCCCAGGUUACCUACCUCCCGUGCACGAGAAGUGUCCUCAUGGGGUUGCUGCAUGCACCCGCAAUCGCAUGUUAGGAAUCCACGUCUAAAAACAUGUUUCACAGACCUCGUCACGAUCUUUCCCUUUUCUCCAUGUCCGCCCACUACAUCAACUCCAAACAGAGACCUCAUAGUGCGUCUGAAUUCAGACGUUCGCGCCGAGAUAACGCCC